AUGUCUACUACUGCGAUCUCAAAUCCACCCCCUCUCAAAGUUGCCAUCAUCGGCGGUGGUCCUGGAGGAUUAGGUGCGGCUAUUGAAUUCGGCAAACUAGACUAUGCGGAUUGGACUCUUUACGAGAAGAAGCCCGAGAUAAGUGAAACGGGAGGAGGGAUCAGUCUCCAGCGCCACACUUGGAGACUUUUGGAGUUGAUUGGGGCCGCGAAAAACGUUGAUCCGAAUGAUUUCUUCAGAUCUCCAGAUGGAACAAGUGGGCAGACAAGAAAUGGGAGAACCGGAAAGCUCUUGGAGCAAAGCCAUUAUCCUGCCGAAGUCCCUGUGCAACAAAGGAGUUGCCGUAUGGUGCGAGCCAAGUUGCAGGCCGCUCUUCUCCAGGAAGUUGACAAGACGAAAAUCAAAGUUUCUAUGAAGCUCAUUGGUAUUGCGAAGUUACCAAACGGCAAAGUACAAAUCAAGUUCUCUGAUGGCUUUGUUGACGAAGUUGAUCUGCUUGUUGGUGCGGAUGGCAUCAGAUCAUUCGUUCGAUCAUUCGCCUUUCCUGAACACAAGAUCAAGUACAAUGGACAGUCGGCGUAUCGUACGAUUAUUCAUAAACCAACUGUCUUCAGAAUCGAUGGGAUCCCGAAGUCCCCGGUAUUCUGGCAAAAUAUUGGUGGAAAGUACGUUUUCACCUGUCCGCUCGGCGGAGACGACUUUGAAGUUACGGCGCGUAUUCGACGACCAAUCGAAGGCCAAGAGCACGUCAGCUGGGGUCGACCUUUUGACUUCUCGACCAUCGCGUCCGAGUACGACGAGUUUUGCGAGCCUGUCCGCCAAGUGAUUCAACUCGCAGCUCAAGGCAAGACGGAGGAGUUCGCGCUGUUUUCAGGAUCACGACUUGCAACCGUCAUUUCCCACGAUGCGUUGGCUUUAAUAGGCGACGCUUCGCACCCUCUCUCUGGAGCUUUUGGUGCUGGCGCUGGCUUCGCACUGGAAGAUGUCUAUGCUCUGACUCGGAGCAUAGACUUUUCUUUAAGACGCGGCGAGGACCUAGUCGCGGCAUUAAAACUCUAUGACAGUAUCAGGUCACCUCAUUAUCGUGACUUAUACGGAGUUCUGGACAACUUCGCCGAGGUCAACGCAGGUUUGCUUGCAGAGCAGCUCUCUGCUGACGAGGAGAUUGAGGAGCGAGUCAAGAGAGCCAGUGAGAAGAAGGCUACUUGGAUGUACCAUUACGAGAUUGACAAGGUGGUUGAGAAGUUUGUUGGAGGCUUACAGCAAAACCUCCAGCCUGCGGCACUGCUCUGA